ACCCGUGCCCUAAUCUCUUCCUAGCCGUUUCCUUCCGCGUCUCUUCUCUCGUAACGCCGAACCUCUCCUCUUCCGUCUCUGCCCAAGCGCCGCCGACCUCGACGCCGAGGUCGGCCAACCUCUUCUCUUCACCUUCUCCAUCUCGCGCCGAAAACCCUCCUCCCGAUCCCUUCUCUCUGCCCUAUCGCCGACAUAGUUCCGCGGCUACCAGUCGAUCGCCGGCUAGGGUGGGCAUUGAAGGCUCCGGGGGUAAGCUAGCUUCGACCGAACCUCCUUCUCUUGACCCUCUCCGACUUUGUGCCUAGCGCUGUCGCUGGUUCUUCCUUUUUCUCUCUGGUUGACGGCGAUAGCAGCAAUCUUGGAGAGAGGUUACUUGAUUUCAGCCACCACAACACUGUGGGCUGGACGUCUGCAUCGCCAGAUCCGUGAUCAGCACCGGCAAUUGAAGAGGAAGAGUGUGGUGUUUCCGGCAGGUGAGCAGCAGCUUCUCUAUCCGGCAGCACCCUCCCUGGUUGUGGAUCAGCAGAAGAAGUUGUGAGUUUGAGUUUUUCUUCACCAAAUAAUUGUGGUGUCAUGAGGAGCACUUUAUGUGGAUUUAUUGGUACAUCAUGGCGGGGUAUUUUGUGUAACACUAAAUCCCUGGGCUUUGUCUUCAAGGGCAAUCGUGUCCAGUGCUUUUCCACACGACGGUCGCGAACUCGUCAGCUUCCCAAAGAAGGUCCACCAACAAUAAUGGAGGAAGAGAGCAAUGCAUUUUAUGUUGUUCGUAAAGGGGACAUCAUUGGUAUCUACAACAAUUUAAGGGAUUGCCAAGCUCAAGUUAGCUCUUCGGUGUGUGAUCCAUCUGUCAGUGUGUACAAAGGUUACAAUUUGCGCAAAGAAACAGAAGAAUAUCUUGCUUCUCAAGGACUUAAAAAUCCUUUAUACUCUCUCAAGGCAGCGGAUUUGAAAGAAGAUCUAUUUGGUGAAAUCUUGCCUUGUCCUUUUCAGCAACCAGAUGGUCUUGCUUUUCCACCUGAUAAAUCACAGAGCCCAUCACCUCCCAAAAGAUCAAACGACGCGAUGGAUAAUUUGGAAGCGGUUGGGUCAAGUUCCAUUCCAACUGCUGAACAGUCAAAGAAACAAGUGAAACUAAAACAUUCUCUUGAGAGGUCCUGUAUUCUAGAAUUUGAUGGUGCAUCGAAAGGAAAUCCUGGAAAAGCUGGUGCUGGAGUAAUUCUUCGUAACCCUGAUGGAAGCCUGAUCUGUCGACUCCGACAAGGCUUGGGUGUUGUCACCAAUAAUGUUGCUGAGUAUCGGGCACUGAUUUUGGGAAUGAAGUAUGCUCUUAAGAAAGGUUUUAAGCAAAUUCAUGCCCAGGGUGACUCGAAACUUGUCUGCCUGCAGUUAGAAGACCGCUGGCGAACAAAGAAUGAAAAUAUGGCCCUCUUAUGUAAAGAGGCUAAGGAACUAAAGGGUUCCUUUGAGUCAUUCAAUAUAAAGCAUGUUUUAAGGGAGUUCAAUUCUGAUGCUGAUGCUCAAGCAAACCUAGGCGUUGAACUCGCACUGGGAGAAAUUCAAGAGGAGAUUCACUAAAUUUUUAAUUCCAGCUGGAGAACUCCAUUUUUUGUAUUUAUCCCAACACGUUUGACGUGGAUGACUCAAUGCCAUUCUUUUAGCUGGCAGUUAAUUUUUGAUACCUGAUUAUUUUUUCACCGAUGUAGUUUUGAUGGUGGAAGUUUCCUGCUUUUUAGCACUGGUUGCACUAUUAUUAUUAUUAUUAUUUCAUGUAUUUGGUAGCAUUUCUCCAGGAUGCAAAUCAUUAUUGGAAAUGAUUAAAUCACGCCUUAUGUGUUUUUUUUAA